CGAUCACCAAGGGCACAAGGUCGUUUACCUUACCCCUCGACUUUCAUGAACAAACUUGUAGAAACGGCAAGUCGCUCACCGAGCCGGUUUGUCGUUUGACCCUCGGCUUAUUUUCCCGCUUUUCGGCUCAGGCGCUCUUCUAUUCUUCUUCUACAAUAGGAAUUAGCGGUUCCCAUCUUCAAAUCCAACCCCUUCCUCAUGAAACUUACAAGACCCAUUUCCUACCUUCUCAGCACCUACACAAAGACCCAAAAACCAGAGCGAGUAACCAAUAACCCAAGCUCCCUCAAACCCAUCAAAGAGCUUCACGCCCGCCUCAUCAGAACCCACCUUUACACUGACCCGUCUUCAAUCUCUGAGGUUAUCAAGUCCUACGCGCUAUCUCCACCAACUUUAUCCAAGGCCCACUUCGUUUUCAACCAAAUUCAGCGGCCUACAUUACUGGUCUGGAACCACAUGAUCCGUGGUUUGUCACAUAGCGACCAACCUAGUGAAGCAAUUUGUUUCUAUAACCGUAUGCAUCACCGAGGACUAGCGGGGGAUAAUUUGACCCUAAUUUUUGUUUUCAAGGCUUGUGCUAGAGUUUCUGACAUUUUUCAGGGCCAGAAGUUUCAUGUUCAUGCUUUGAAACUUGGGUUUGAAUCGUAUGUUUUUGUUUCCAAUGCUUUGAUUCACAUGUACGCUGCUUGCGGUGAUUUGGUUUUUGCAAAGAGGGUGUUCGAUAAAAUGAGCAAUAGAGAUUUGGUUUCUUGGAACUCUUUGAUAUGUGGGUAUAGUCGCUGCAAUAGGUUUAAGGAGGUUUUCCUUCUUUUUAAAGCAAUGCAAGCGGCAAAUGUGAAGGCUGAUGGCGUCACAAUGAUGAAAGUUAUUUUAGCAUGUAGUUAUUUGGGUGAAUGGGAAACUGCAGACUCUAUGGUUAAGUAUAUUGAGGAGAAUCAUAUUGAGAUUGAUGUUUACUUGGGGAACACUAUGAUAGAUAUGUACGGGCGGUGUGGUUUAGUGGAUUUGGCGCAGGAAGUAUUUGAUACGAUGCAUGAAAGGAAUAUAGUUUCAUGGAAUGCCAUGAUAAUGGGGUAUGUGAAAGUGGGGAUCUUAGUUACUGCGCAGAAGCUUUUUGAUGAUAUGCCUACAAGGGAUGUGAUCUCUUGGACUUCUAUGAUCACGGGUUACUCUCAAGCUAACCAGUUUACUGAGGCAGUGAGGCUUUUCAAAGAAAUGAUGGCGGCAAAGGUGAAACCCGAUGAAAUAACGGUAGCUAGUGUGCUUUCUGCUUGUGCCCAUUUAGGGUCGCUUGAUGUUGGCGAGUCUGUCCAUGACUACAUACGUAAGCAUGGUGUAAAAGCAGAUGUUUAUGUAGGAAACUCCUUGAUAGAUAUGUAUUGCAAAUGUGGGGUGGUAGAGAAGGCACUAGAGGUUUUCCAAAAGAUGAAAACGAAGGACUCUGUUUCAUGGACUUCAGUAAUUUCAGGUCUUGCUGUUAAUGGCUUUGCAGAUUUGGCACUCGAUCUCUUCUCACAAAUGUUAAGAGAAGGUGUUCAGCCAACUCAUGGCGCCUUCGUUGGGAUUUUACUAGCUUGUGCUCAUGCUGGAUUGGUAGAUAAAGGGUUGGAAUAUUUUGAGAGUAUGGAAAAAGUUCACGGACUCUCUCCAGAAAUGAAGCACUAUGGGUGUGUUGUGGAUCUCUUGAGCCGCUCUGGCAAUCUAGAAAGAGCAUACCAGUUCAUAAAGAAAAUGCCUUUAGUUCCAGAUGUUGUGGUAUGGAGGAUAUUGUUAAGUGCUUGUAAACUUCAUGGAAAUGUGGUCGUAGCUGAGAUUGCUAAAAACAAGCUUCUGAAAUUGGAUCCUUGUAAUAGCGGGAAUUAUGUUCUCUCAUCAAAUACUUACGCUGGUUCAGAUAGAUGGGAUGAUGUUAUAAAAAUGAGAGAGUUGAUGGAGGAAAGCAAUGUGCAGAAGCCAUUUGGUUGCAGUUCAAUUGAAGUAAAUGGUACAACAUUGUAUAACUCUCAAGACCCAUAUCUUAUUCAAUCUAAAUGAGGAAUCCAUUCAGCACAGAAUGUAAAACCAGGUAUCCCAAAGUUUUAGUAAAACUUUUGAGAGGACAAACUCUGAUGGAGUUCCAGUAUUUGACAAUGAGAGGCGUCAGUGACGAAUUCCUGAUGAAUUAUGCUAGGUUGGUAAUAUUUGGGGACAGGAUUCGACCUUGGUAAGCUAUGGAGAAAAGGAAGUUUUGGAUAACAGGAACUAGGCGAGGCAGGAAUGUUCAGAUUAGUAAAUGAAAUUAUUCUUGAAAAAGCCUAGCGGCUUUCCCUGAUACGGGAGGCUCCUCAAUUGGAGGAGAGCCGCUCCCCUUCUGUGACCUUUCAAAAAUUGUGCGCUUUUCUCCCACAGGAUUGAGCAUUCCGAAUUGGAGGAGCCCUUCAUUGGUUGUUCUUUUCCUUUUUCACGUGAUAAAGGUUCUCCCCAUAUACACUUUCCAAGAUGAAACAUAAUCAAAUAUAGGCUUUUGUGCCUGCGAGUUUAGUCGGUGAAA